AUGGCGUGGUCUUUAGACAUCGCCCGCCAAGAUCAAGACGCCUACGAGAAGUGGAUCCAAGUUGAGUACGACAGGAUCAACGCUGGCCCAUUGUCUCCUGAGGAAGCGAACGAAGCGAGAAACGAAGCCAAGAAAGAGAUCGAUGCCCACCGGGCAGGCUCAGUCUGGGCCCUGGACAUCGCCGAUCAGGACAGUCGGGCGUACGACCGCUGGUUAGCUGCCCAAUACAGGAUGAUUGACUCUCGCUCGUUGCCUCCAGGAGAAGCCGUCGCAGCGCGGACUGAAGCCAAAAGACUGCUCGAUGUCCACCGGGCAACAUCAGUCUGGGCCACGGCAAUCAAUCCUCUAUUCCUCUUUGUCCUAUCUAUUGUUGUCUAUCUCGUCGGAGAAGAGGCUGGCCGCACGGAAAGACACUGGGCUUCACUGUCACCGGCGUGGCAGUCAGCGUUCAGCCAACACGAAGUGCAGCUGGACAUUUCGCAAAGAUGGAACGACCCGAACGCAGAUCAAGCGUUGAAAGUCGUUUCGAGCGACGGGAUGAUCUUAUACAUUCCCGCUUACAUGUUUCAGAGUCAGAGUGUUGUCCUCCGCGAGAUGAUCAAAGAGAUCGGCCUCCCCACCACCAACGACUCUACACCCACUUCCGCCGACCCCUCAAAAACCCUCUCCUUCACCGACAACACUCUCGAGUCUUCUUCCGUCCUACACUUUGCUGUGGUAUCCCGGCGUGAACUUGUAGUGGUAGAAAUAGGCGAAGAAGGGAAUCAGGCGCGCGAGAGUUUCUCUCAUAGGUUUUCAUGUUCUCGUGUACAUAGUCCUUCUUCUUCAUAUGCAAACUACUUUGGAUAG